CUCUCAGUAUUAUAGAGAAACAAUAAAAUAAUUGUGCAAUUGUUAAGAGCAACGUUACAGUUUCCUAUUCAGAAACGUUUUGUCUUGGUGUGACAAAAAGAACCUGAACAAAAUGCAUUUAAAAAAUUCUAAUUUUUAUCGGAGAGAACUCAUUCUCUGUGGAUACAAUCUGAAAAACAAUAUCCACAUUAUUGAGAUCUGGAGUCGAAGUUUGAAAAACGCACCAUUUCGAUGCAGAUACUGCAACAGAACUUUUGAUACGAGAGAAGAGUUACGAAAGCACAUUAAUGAGGUGCAUGUAAAUCCACGUAACGAAACUAGUUCAGGUAAAUCAUUGAAACGCGAAGACUUCAGAACAUACGGAGAAUUCUUUAUCUUGUACCAAGACAAAAUUUUGCAUGAUUUAUUUUUCGAGAAAAUUUUUGCAAUAUUUACAAAAUUACAAACCGAUUUCGAAAAUUCCAAGAGAUUGAGUUCACAAAACAAAACAGAAGAGUAUUUUAAAGCUGUAUCAAAAGUUAUAGAUAACAAUGAUAUGAAGGUUGAGGGUCCCGAGAAAAAAGAGAACAUUAAAGCAGAUGAAAAGCCAGAUUCAGCAGAAAGCCGUCAUGAAUUCCCUCCGGAGAGGGUAGAUAGCAAACCUGAGAUGGGCAAAAUUUAAGCUAAUUAGAAAUUCUGAAACGUUACUUAUAUUUACAAAAUUUUUAUUAUUGAAGUGCUGUCAACACGUCCUUUACUUUUCUUCCGUUUACAUAAUUAACUUUAAAUUUGGUGAAACAUUUUUAAAAUUCUAAAUUAUAAAAAUUGUAACUUUGACA